AUGUCGGUUGAGUAUGCUGACAUUGCAGCCAUGCUCGCCGAGCUACCGAAAGCACCAACCCAAGUUCCUGUUGCUCGUGCCUUUACAACUACUACCACGACUACUACUCCUAUCGCUCGUGUACCCACCAUUACCGCGACUAUUCCCACAACUCCCGCUACAUGGCUGCCACUAUCGUCAAUUACCCAGUCUGGUACGGGCUACCAGAUUGCGUGUUCAAAGGAAAAGGUGCAUCGAAACCACGCGUGUCGAUCACUUAAGAAUAAGAUGCUGGCCGAAGUUCCAAUCACGGGAACUACAGAUUUGUGCAAGGUAUGCAGUACCGAAUAG